AUGUUGCUUGCUUUCCCCGUUUAUAUUAGACAUACUUUGGUAGGAUACACCUCUACCAAACUUGAUAGAGAAUUCUUAGCUCAUUCCACUGACGAUGCCCAAAUUUUUUCAGUUCUAGAACUACCAGUCUUGCAGUUGAUUGUCUUGGCCAUGAGUGCUGGUACUGGAGUCUACCAGUCCUUGGAUAAACUUGCCACAUUUCUUGACUUUGAUACAGUGCCAGCGCUUCAUAAAUGGAUGGGAGGCAACUUAUGCAAACCAUACUGGGACGAAUAUAAGCGUGGUUGCGCUGCAAUCGAGCUAUCCAGAGUUAGUAAGGCGAAACCGACGGGCUUGCGCUUGGUAUUGAAGCGUCUUGCCGAAGGUGAAGCGGGAGGGAGCCGAAAAUACUCUAGCGACUUCCCAGAUACGCAGACUUGGAAGGCUAUAGACUGGCAAGCCAGGCUUGUCUACAAGAUUUUAUCUGUGAACCAGGCAGACAGACAUGGAAUCUUCUACAACAGAAAUUUUGGUGAGGUUGAGAUGGCCACCCGAGCCUGGCAAGUGGUUUUACGCCUGGAUUUGGAUCUGUACCGUGAACAAAGGCCAAAUAAAAGGGCAAAGGCCUCCCAUGAGUUUGAUCACUGGCAAAGCGAAGACGAGGAACCCAUCCCCGUACCCGUAAAUCCGGACAAAGGGGUCGCCCGUGUCGUAUGGGCAGAUAUCCCGACGGAGUUGGAGGAUCAAGGCAAGAAAUCAAUGGUUACUCUGACCGGCUUGGUCAGCUACAGCUACGAGCAAUUCUUCGAAGAGAUUUGUAGUGGAUUCCAAUUGAAGGAGCAUGGAUACCAAAUCGACCAACUUUUCUUCAAUGGUGACCCUAUCUUCAACGAAUCUUUUAAAGGUUUUUUAAAAUGUGCUGGCGCCUCGAAGAAUAGGCUGCUAGUUCAGUUGGCUGCCAAAGAAUGUCCCGCAGAACUAAGUAUUCCUCCAAUCGAAAAUGAAGAGACGUCAAGGCAGCUUUUAUUUGACAUUAUGGUUGCUGAAAGGCUAUCCUCGGGAUUUGACUUGAGAGACCGAUUCUCUAAAUGGUCCCUGAUACAAGAAGUAACUAGCAGCUAUCUUUCGCAUGUCAACAGCGAGUGUGAACUCUUACAACAAGAUCUUGAUGCUGAAGGGGAUAAUAUAAGAUGGCUGCAUACAUCCAAAGGUUCCGAUGAAGCCCAAGAUGAAGCGCACGAUGAAGCUACAGAUGAUCUCCUACUUUGUGAACCAACGAGCGAGGACUUACAGCAGUAUCGAGAGCAGGAAAAGUGGAUUGAUAAUAAAGAUCUGCAGCGUCAGGGUCAUGCUGAAGCGUGUAAAGCCCUUGGGAUUGCAAAUCCAAACAUACCCCGUUUACCGGGAAUGCUUCCCAGCGCAAAGUUCAAAUUUUGGCAACCUCUAGCCAUAAAAGCUAUUAAAGAAUUUGAAGAAGGCUAUCUGCGAGGAGGCAUCCUAGCCGACGAAGUAGGUAUAGGAAAGACUUUCGAGGCUAUUGGCUUGGAACAAUACCAUUGGAAUAUGAGAAAGGCAGCCCUUAAAUCAAACCUAGAGGUAGUCGCCCCUCGACCAACACUCAUUGUUGUUCCACCAAAUUUGAUUCAUCAAUGGGCUUCGGAAAUCAAAGCCAUGUCGUCAGAUUUGAUUGUGAAAAUAUACUAUGGAGGAAAACGUAAAAGUGAUACAGAUGGAGCAGAGUACCUCACAGAAAUACUCUCUAAAGAAAGCGAAGUAUUCUCCCAGACUGAGGAAACUGCGCGAACGACCAUUAUCACCUCCCUUCGCACCCUAACUCUUCGACACGGGCCCACCCCCUUGAAAAAAUCAAUGCUGGAUUAA